UCUAGACGCACAACGUAUAACGCGCGGCUGAUCCUGCCAUUACGGCGGUCCUUUCUCCUGGCUAUUCCGCAGCUUCCGGGGGGGCGGAGCUAGUCCGGACGUUAGGGAAGAUAGCUGGACGCUGAUGCCUUUCGGAGGCGCCGCUAUACCCGCUAUUACGGGCCGCUUUCUGGCGCUUCGCAGGCCACUGUCGCCGCCCGUCUGCCUGCGAGAUGGCGGCUGAGAUUCACUCCCGGCCUCAGAGCAGCCGCCCUGUCCUGCUGAGCAAGAUCGAGGGGCACCAGGAUGCCGUCAGCACUGCGCUCAUCAUCCCCAAAGAGGACGGCAUCAUCACCGCCAGCGAGGAUAGGACAAUUAGAAUAUGGCUGAAGAGGGACAGUGGCCAGUACUGGCCCAGCAUUUACCACACAAUGUCAUCAGCGCCUUGUUCAGCUAUGGCUUAUCAUCAUGACAGCAGAAGAAUAUUUGUCGGUCAAGAUAAUGGAGCCAUUAUGGAGUUUCAUAUCUCAGAAGACUUCAAUAAGAUGAACUUUGUCAAGACCUACCCAGCUCACCAGAACCGAGUGUCUGCGAUCAUCUUCUGCUUGGAAGCAGAGUGGGUUAUCAGCACUGGCCACGAUAAAUGUGUCAGCUGGAUGUGUACCAGAAGUGGAAACAUGUUGGGACGACACUAUUUCACCUCCUGGGCUUCUUGCCUACAAUACGACUUUGAAACCCAGCAUGCCUUUAUCGGUGAUUAUUCUGGACAGAUCACACUGCUGAAGCUUGAACAGAGCACAUGCUCGAUUAUCACAACUCUCAAGGGUCAUGAAGGAAGUAUUGCCUCCCUGUGGUGGGAUCCUAUUCAGCGGUUACUCUUCUCUGGAGCAUCUGAUAAUAGCAUAAUCAUGUGGGAUAUUGGUGGAAGGAAAGGUCGGACGCUGCUUCUUCAAGGCCAUCAUGACAAGGUGCAGGCCCUUUGCUACCUCCAGCUCACUCGACAACUGGUUUCAUGUUCAGCUGAUGGCGGGAUCACAGUCUGGAAUAUGGAUGUUAGCCGAGAAGAGGCUCCUCAGUGGUUGGAAAGCGAUUCCUGUCAGAAAUGCGAGCAGCCUUUCUUUUGGAAUAUAAAACAGAUGUGGGACACAAAGACCCUGGGGCUGAGGCAGCAUCACUGUAGGAAAUGUGGCAAGGCAGUAUGUGGCAAGUGCAGCACAAAACGCUCCAGCUAUCCCAUAAUGGGCUUUGAAUUCCAGGUCCGGGUCUGUGAUGCCUGUUUUGAUUCAAUCAAAGAUGAAGAUCGAACUUCUUUGGCAACUUUUCACGAAGGAAAACAUAACAUUUCCCAUAUGUCCAUGGACAUCUCAAGGGGACUUAUGGUGACAUGCGGAAGUGAUCAUGUAGUGAAGAUAUGGGACAUGACACCAGUAGUGAGCUGUGGCCUUGCAACUGGCUAUGCCUCCCGUUGAUCUGGGCACACCUUAUGCACCAAAUGGAUACACUUCCUUCUGUGACUCUUGCCACAAAAAUGCCGGCUGCUUGACUCUGUGAAUGCUGUUUUCUCAAGUUGGGACAGCCUGUUUUGUUUCUGUGGAGCAGAAUUCUUCUAUAGGGCUUACCAGGAAACAGCGGAGGGUGCUCAACUACAAGUUCACAGCCUAUGGAACAACACAGAAAAGGCUUUAAGUGCAACAAAAACACCUUGCUGAGAGAGACCACUCCUAACUUCAUUUACAUGUAGUGUUCCAUGUGCUUUUCUCUGCUAAAAUAAUACUGUACAGUGGCUAAGGGUAGAAAUGAAUGUCGUGACAACAAAGUGUGCAAAUAGUUGCAACUUAUUCUCAGUCCUUGUGAACCAUCCCUGUAGAUUACUAUUAUCUUAUGAACGGUCACUGUGAAGGCUGCCUCACAAACAUCUGAAUAUAGCUUUGACAGAAGGAAGAAAGCAUCCCUCCACUUCCACUCCCAGCAGCAUUGCAGUAAGGGCGAGAAUGUUGAUAGAUUUUGGGGGGAGCAUUUUCUGUGAAUUCUGUUUAUCUUUGCAGAGUUGUUCAGACUGUUUGAAAAUUAAGUCCGAGUUGUCUUUUGAGGAGAUUUUUGUUGUAUCUAGCAAAAACCAAAAUCAUGACAUUUUUUCCGUAAUGCUGAAAGCGAACUGACAUGUUGCAUCAUGUGCCUUACAGGUACAGAUAUGUUACGAUAGAGACUAAGUGAAAUCAACAGCUUGCACACUUUGAAUGAACUUGUGUUCUCUCCCCAGAAUAUGGAAUUUUGUGCUUUUUCUCCUUAAAAAAGCAUAAUCACAAAGUAGUGUCAUCUUCAUCUUUUUUAAGGCCAGUGCUGAAAUGCUUUUAAAAACAUUUCAGCAAUAACUAGUUUUGUGCUGGGACCACAGAUAUGGGCACCUGCAAUUAAAAAUGGAUGGAAUGAGUAGUAGCAGAGAGUUGUGAGAUUAAAAUCCUAAUUAACUUUGAAAAUAAAACUAAUUUGUCAUGUUGCACUACAACAUUAUAGGGAGAAGAGGAUUAUCUUUUGUAACCUGAGCAUUCUUUCAAAUCGCUCUAUUCAUUUGCAUCAUUAGCACUGUUAAGUUGAAAUUCUUGGAAAAAAUGUAGCUUGUAAAAUCUGGUUGGGAGCUCACAAGCCUUAAUGAAAUAAAGCUACUGCUAGUUGCUUGAAAGUCUGUUAAAAAUAAGUGGCAAAGGUUAGUUCAUGUAGGCUAAUACAUCUGAACUUCUCAAGCUCCCUCCAAUUAGAUAGCAAUAUCUCUUGUCUCAAUGUAUAGUUUGCAGUUUUAUCUCUAGGGGUCUUUACUGAACGUUGUGUUAAAGGGGAAAAAAGAGAUUCGGUGUUUGUCAUGGAAAACUAUCAUAAGGCCAGUGUUAAUUGUACUGUUUUAAAAGUGUGCAAGUAACUAAAGAAUCAAGUCUUUGUGUGUGUUAGGGAGAUGCAUAUGAGGAACAGAAGCAUAAUAUUCUGAAAUGUAAGAUGAAAUUAUGUGUCUGGUGGAGAUCAUCAUAAGAUAGGGACAGAUCAAUAUUACGUGCUAUAGAUGCGGGUUUCCCAACUGUAUACUGAAAAUCAAGAAAAAAGAUGGCAUUAGUCAUAAGUUUCUAAGUUAAUAUACAACUGGGGGUAGAGGAGUAAAAAAUAAGUUGGCAGGAUCACAUGUUUCAGCAACUUCACUUGUAUUUUAGUGUAACGUUUAAAGAAAGCACAUCUUUAUAGAGAAUGUUGGCACAUUCUUAAAGCCCGGGACAAUGGCCCCAUCAAACUGGUAAACCCAUCCUUCUCAACGCCUUACUGGAUUGUAUGAGAAGCAGAACUGUACUUGUAUGGAUUAUACCAGAAUGAGUUACUUCACCUCAGUGCUCAGAGAGACAGUUUAUCUGGAAAUAUGCAUCUGUGUUAUGAAAGCUACCUGACUUGAAAGCAUUUGUAUCUCCCCUCCCUCCUUUUAAAUGGCAGUCAUCUUGGAGCAUACUUUAUCCUUUUUCCGUCAUGGAAACGUGGGAUAACUUGCUGGCAGUACAUGGGUGCCCAUUGAUGGUUAUUUCAGCAUCAGAAUUUGUGCAUACAGAGUAAAUUCUCUGACCUGAUUUUUUACUCUCUUAAUUCUUAACAGUAUAGACUAGUACAAAACACCUGCUUUCACCUCUUGACAAUUGCACUAAUAAUCUUCUGUCAAUAUUUUGCCAAAGGAUGCUGAAUUUGUUCCAUGAUUGAGGCAUUUAAAAAAUAAAUAGAAUUUAACAUGGAGGUGUUGGCUGCAGCUGGAUACAUAGAGAACUUUUGUUGGGAAAACACCAUUUUGCUUGUAUAUUUCCAAACAUCAACGUUCUCCAAAUAAGUCAAACCCUUCCCUGAACACUACAUUGCUUGCUUGCAUAGAAAACAAAUUUGAGGUGGGCAGGCAGAGAAGGACAAAGAUCAUGCUGUGCACUGUAACAAUAACUGUCCUUGUACACUUUAAAUGUGCAAUUAUUUAGACUUGAUUUGACAUACUUACCCCGUUUUUUCCCAUCAAGCCUUUCUUCAUGGGGGAGCAACAAGUACUUAUGUAUUUUUUGUCUGAUAGCUGUGUUCCGUGAAAUACUGUAUCCAUUAUCUGAGACACUCUGUUGCUGUUUUUUGUUCUCCCGAUUGUCUUUUGAAAAAAAAAACCCUUUGAAUAUUGUACAAUAAAAUUAUUUCCUGAUAGUA